AUAUUUUUUCAAUUUUUGCAGAUGAGGAUGAUUGUGAUGAGUAGCAAUAUUCCAUCUGAUGGUGAGGCUGAGAAUGUCUCUGCAGAGGAUGCUAUGGAUUUGGAAGGGGCAAAGGAUGUGCUCUCUCCUGAGGUCCAUGAAGGCAUCACUCAUUUCAAAUUAUUCCAGAAAGCUCUAAAUAAGGUCCAGUAUCCUGAGGAAAAUGUUAUUCAGUUUCUUCAGCCUUUGAAUUAUGGCCCAUCUUUAGUGAACAAAUUCUCUGCUUUACGGAUACGAGGUUUACUCUGUGUUCAAAACAUGGCCAGUUUAUUGGAACUUAGUGACAUAGGAGGUACAGAACUCAUGUAUUCCACAUGGUGGGACCUUGGCAGCAUGGUGUUCCAGAAUGCUUGUACAGAUAAUGGACUUCUAGAGGCUGCAGCAGGUGCAAUGAGAGCAAUCAUGGAUCGGUUGAGCCAAGACAAGUGUGAAAAAUUAGCUGCCAUUACUCAGGCUGAUUUGAAGUUAAUCUUUGAAGCUGGCAUAACAUGCACGAUAGACAGUGUCAGAGCCAACCUCGCACGCAUGGUAGGGACGCUGGGAUGUCUUAUUGUUACACAAAAUACAGAAGAGUCCCUGAAUUCUGGUGCAGUCUUUGAUGUCCUAAAUACUGCUACUGAGUAUUUACUCAAGGUUGGUGCCACUGAUAAGGAGCUGUGGGUUUCUGCUGAGGCCUUGGAUGUUAUUAUUGAUCUCUAUUCUGAUGACAAAAAUCAAGCUUCCACCAUGUACACUUGGUGGACAGAUUAAAGGGGAUCCAGCCACAUUUCAAAUCAAAGCAUCAACAGGAGAAGAAGAAACUGGGUGACCACCGAGCUUUGGUCUUGACCGUAAGAGACAACCUUUUUGCUUUCAUCAAGUACAAAGGUCCCAGAGCUGCCAAGCAUAGAAAAUCUUCUUAAAGCUGUUAAAUAAUGCUCUUAUUUAUUGAAAGUGGAAUGGUUGAAUUUGUUCUGAAUAAUGAACCUUAAAUUGUACAGUACAUAUUUUAAUUGGCAACAGAAAAGUAACCAUGCAAUGGAAGUUGUUUCCUUACAAAUAAUUUGUGUCAGAUGUGACAGUAGAAAUAUUGUUUUAAGGGACUUGAUACUCAUUGAACAAGACUUGUUCAGGAUAUUCUUGGCAAUAUUUGUCCAUUGUAAGCACAGUUUUACAUCAUUAGUUUGCUGCUAAAUGAAUUACGGUAUGGUCAAUCCACUAUUCAUUAUUUCAUCAUUGAAAUAUUUUUGUAAGGUUAUUCCCUGUGAUAUAUAUGUUUCAUUAGAUCAUUGCAUGAAGUGUCUUAAGUUACUCAAUGAGAAACAUGUUUAAAAGAACCGGGUAACACGUCGUAAAUUGUCUUCUUGUGUUUUCUUAUGUAUGGAGGGAAGGGCAGUGUUCACAAUGCUUAUAAUGUUCAUUUAGUUUACCUUAUUUUGCUUGUACAGCACUCUUUACUUUAUUGUCUAAUGCUUGGCUUGGGCACUUCAUGUUCAACUUAUGAUGCCUACUGGUAGAAAACCCAGGAAUCGCCUUUCAUGGAAGUCAUUUUACUCCAUUCCUUCACUGCAAGAAAAAGGAUUUCAGAGCUCCAUGCUCUAAGGAGAGGCAAUAGCUUCAUCCAUUUUAACCCUUCUAGCCUGUGUAGUUGGCCUGAAACUCUUGUGUAAGAAUAAUACUGUUUUUUUUUUCUUUUCUUUUUUUUAACUUGGUACUAGCAUUAGUUUCCACGCUUGGAAAACUGAGGGUGGUUCUCGCCAUUCACUUUUCAUUAAAGGUAGUGUUUUGUUCUGACUGGAGAGUUGCAUUUAGUUUUACUUUGUAUUCAUUGGUAUUGAAUAAUAGUUCAGGGUGUGGAACAAUA